GCCUUUGGCAAGGAGUCUGAGGUUCUAAUUGGGAACCUGGGUGAUAAACUAAUCCUCCACAAGACAUCCUCCGUGACGUCAGUGACCUCAAAGCCUUGGCCAAUAUGCAUGAAAGCCUGGAAUGGUUGGCAGGCCGAACAAAGUCAGCUUUCUCCAAUCUUUCUACAUCCCAGAUGCUUUCUCCUGCUCAAGAGAGCCAUGUGAACAUGGACCUGCCUCCAGUGUCCGAGCAGAUCAUGCAGACGCUGAGUGAACUUGCCAAGUCCUUCCAGGAUAUGGCUGACCGCUGCUUGCUGGUUUUGCACCUGGAAGUGAGAGUUCACUGUUUCCACUAUCUCAUUCCUCUUGCCAAGGAGGGGAACUAUGCCAUUGUUGCCAAUGUAGAAAGCAUGGAUUAUGACCCUCUGGUGGUCAAGCUCAACAAGGACAUUAGCGCCAUUGAAGAGGCUAUGAGCGUCAGCCUUCAGCAGCACAAAUUCCAGUACAUCUUUGAAGGCCUGGGACACCUCAUCUCCUGCAUCCUUAUUAAUGGUGCUCAGUACUUCAGGCGUAUCAGUGAGUCCGGCAUCAAGAAAAUGUGUAGGAACAUUUUUGUCCUUCAGCAGAACUUGACCAACAUCACCAUGUCACGGGAGGCAGACCUGGACUUUGCAAGGCAGUACUAUGAGAUGCUGUACAACACAGCUGAUGAGCUCCUGAACCUGGUGGUGGACCAGGGUGUGAAGUACACAGAACUGGAGUAUAUCCAUGCCCUGACCCUGCUGCACCGCAGUCAGACCGGAGUGGGGGACCAGACCACCCAGAACACCAGGCUGCAGCGGCUGAAGGAGAUCAUCUGUGAGCAGGCUGCCAUCAAGCAAGCCACCAAGGACAAGAAAAUAACCACCGUCUAAUGGGGCCACUGCAGUGUGGGGUGUUUCCUCAGAUGCACUUCUUUCUUUGCUAUGUUAUUUGGUAUACUUCAAGCUGGUUUACUUUUGUCUAUGCUGAUGCUUAGUGGAAAAAAAGGUGUAAAGAUUAUGUUCUGUAGUUUAGGCUUUUCAUAUGAACUUUAAAGGAAGUUUGCAGUACAGAAUGUUUCGGUGUAACAACUGCUUUAGAGCAGUUUUUACCCAGAGGGCUAGGGUCGGAUGGGGAGACUGAAAACAAAUGAAUGACUAAUUAAUGUUUUGUUUAUUGCCCAACAUAUAUAAAAUUCUAGCAUGAAAAGCAGACAGCUAAGUUUUAGUCCCUUCCUUAAACUACGUAGUAGGGUUCUAUUACAUAAACAGUAGGAUCUUCACUCACUUGACCUUAUCAGUUUACACUCCAGUGAAACACGUGUAUGUGCAUUGCUUUCUAAGUCUAUUGCUAAAAUCAAAUAAACGACUUCUCACCUGGCUGCAGCUUUGAACAAAUUUCCCUGCCAAAACAGGAACUCUUCAGGUCUGAGGGGGGAAAGUCCUUUAUCCCAACUCUGGGGAGAGUUGAUGUGCACUAGCUUAUACGUAAGUUUUGGUCGAUUGGUUAACUUUUUAUUUUAUUUCUGCUGUAUCAAAACCAAGAGCCAUAAAAUUAGUGACAAAAAUGGGAGCACGAAAGGUGAUUCAACCCUCUGCUUCAUUUGUCCCUUUAAGGUCCAUGAGUAAAUAAUGGCUAGAGAAUUUCUAUCUCGCCUGAAACUUCAUGGGAGUAAAUGAUUCUGAAGUACUCACUUAUCCUUCCAUGAGCACCUAAGUCUUUGUCACUUCAGAAAGUAGCCCAGGUCUGCUCAUCUGAAGGCAGGGAAGAUGGGACAGCCAGGAUAUUUCUCCUCUGUGCAGCCACCAGCUAGGCCUGUUUUUUAAUUGCCUUCCCACGUGUUCCUAGUACACUAGACUUCACCACUAUCCCCAGACUCCAAGUCCUCUUGCUAUCCAUGAUGCACAGUCGCAGGAGGCAGCAGUUCACUGACUGAGACAUACCUUGAACACACAUGGAAAGUAGAGCCAGAAGGAGUGGGACCGUUCACGGUCACAGGCCAUGCAUGCCUUGAUGAUCGGAAUUUUUACACCUGUUUGUAACAGCUUUGGUCUUGAUGAGCAAAACAGAAAAUUAAGAAGUUUUGAGAAACUUAAAUAUUGUAUGCUAUUUUCUCACAUUUAUUUAUUCAGCAAACAUUUCCAGGGGGCCUGACAUGUGCCAAAUGCUACUACACUUGGGGCAGCUACGUAUACAGAGGACACUGUUACUAUGUAAGGGUGUAGGAACUAGAUUAGAACCCCAUCCCCAACAAAUUCACACUGAGACCUGAGCUAGAAAUCAGUCCAGAUGAUGGGGCAGCUGUGCAGGAUCCAGCAGGAAGCAGCAUAGUGGCCCUCCAGGGGCUUCUGGGAGGAAGGAACGCUGCAGAUCUGUGUGGUUCAGAGGCCUGACUGGGAAGAAGUUGAAUGUGUAUAGGAGACAACCAUGGAAAAAAAUAGUGCCCUAAACAAGGUCCUUAGAAGUAGUAUACCCAAGAAGCAAGAGUGGGAGCAUUAGAGUGGAACACUUUUGUUUGGAAGCCUCCUCGUGGUGGCCACAGCCUCCCAGCUUAGAUCUGAUGCCUUCUCUUUUCCUUCCUGUCCACUCCAGGAGGAGAGUCCUGAGUGGUGACAGUGAGCCAGGAAAGGCAGAGGUGGGGCAAGGGAGUGCACAAGAUAGUUUUCCUGGCUUGGGAAAGGGUUGUGGGUCUACAAUGGCAAGAAAUACAGAGAUCCAGCAGUCUCUUGGCAAAUGAGUCACUUUGGGGAAGCAAUUAGGAGAGUGUCAUCCCUGUUUUGCUUAUGACAAUGAGGGGAUUAAAAUAUGUCAGUGCUGCACAGAAGAGGGGCUGUAAGGAUCUUGUCCACAUCAUUCAAGAGAUAGUUCUUUGAAGGUUCAUACAUCAGUCUUUGUUCUUCAAAAGGUCUAGAAUAGUCAGUGACACAUUCUAUGACUUGUGGAAUGGAUACAGAUGUAGAUGGCACAGCCACCUCAAAACCAUCUAUCAUUAGAGAUCCAGUUAAGAUUUCUACAUGGUAUGGGUCUACUUUAGGGAUAUUUCAUGAGUCUGGUUUUGUGCCUUUCACAGCCAUAACCAGAAGUGCUAAAGAGAAUGAGGGUCUGCUAAGGGUAAGAUCCACCAUCCUCACACAUGGAUAUGUAGCCACAACAGUUAGUGUUCUACCAUGAAGAGCACUCCCUAAAAUGUGCUCUUACAGCUAAAAAGGCCAACAAAGUAAGCCUCACCAGGAGGUCACUGAAAACAAAGCACACCAUUUCUUCAUUGUUACACAAAGGAACAAACGGGCCUCCAUAUCCAUGGCUUCCACAUCCACAGAUUCAAGCAAACAUGGAUCAAAAUAUAUUUUUUAAAAAUGCAUUUGGGGCCAGACAUGGUGGUCAGUGCUAUAAUCCUAGCACUCAAGAGGCUAAGACAGGAGGAUGUUGAGUUCAAGGCCAGCUUGAGCUACAAGAUCAUCCUAUCUCCAAAAAAAAGCACCUAUACUGAACACAUAACAGAUUUUCUGCCUUUCAUCCCCUAAACAAAACAGUAUAACAAUGUAUUUACAUAAUGUUUACACUGAAUAAGGGAUUACAAGUAAUCCAGAGAUGAUUUAAAAUAUAAAUUGUCGGUAAGUAGUAUGCCAUUUUCUAUGAGACUUAAGCAUCCAUUGACUUUGGUAUUCAUGUCCCCUGUAAAUACCAAGCAAUGAUGGCAUGUGGAAUACUGUCUGCAGCAGUAGUCAUAGAGGACUCACAGGACUAGAAUGGGUCCUGAGAUGGACAAUAAACAUGACCAUGAAGUAGGGCCUUGUGGCUAUGCAUUCAUUCUGGUUCUCGAAAACAGCUGCACAAGCAAUAGCCAUGUCCAGGGAGAGCUAUGUCCCUUCUCUGUCAUCUACUUUGUGGUACUUGACAGGUUAUCCCAUUUUGUCCUCACAACAACCUUGUGCAACAGAUCUUCUUUCCUUUCUACCAUGCCCAAGGGACCAGAACCUACAAUAGCAGAGUC